UUAUUUUUUCUAUCUACAGAUAGAAUGAGCAUGAGAGAAAAUUUAAAGAUUUGAGAAGACAAAUGACAUUUAAGAAGAUGUUUGUCACAUUUUAUUUAAAAUUCUGAACACCAGCAUGAUGGAUCUUCACAAUCAGUCCUCAUCAGUGAAACCAAACAAAGAGGAUAGCAAAAUGGAGGAUACAGAAAUUGAUUCAGAUUUGAGAAACAUUAAGGAGAGAAUGCUGGAACGUGUUGCUAAAUCAAAUGCUCACUUUAAACAUCAGCAGUUAGGCGAGUCUGAUCUCACUAAGGCAGAGAAACUACAGAUAGCAGAAGAAGUCUUAAAGAAGGGAGAUAACACAUUUCUGGCCAGGUUUUGGCAGCAUCUGUCACUAGAGGACAUGAGUUAUUUCAGUGAGAAGAAAGAUGAUUAUGAAGUUAACUUUUAUUUACAAGAAAUUAGGAAAAAUUGUAAUGCACAUUUCUGUACAAAUGUAGUGAAAAACAGACGCUAUGAAGCGAUGAAAAAGUUGGAGCACGAUGGGGAAUACUUCAGUGAAGAAGAGAUGAAGUACAGGGAUCCGUAUCUCUAUGAACAGUUGAUUGGUCAGUUUAUAACAGAGGAGGAGGCUCAGAAAAUGAUUGACAAGUCUGACCUUCGAUUCUCCACCAUUUUAUUAAAACACAUGGAUAAUAUGGAGGAAAAUGAACUGUAUAAGAAGGAAAAAGAAAAAGAGGAAUGUCAAGUGGAAGAGGAGGAUACCAGUGAUGAAGAGGAAGAAAUCGAGGAUGACCCAGAAGAGGUAUCCGAGGAGAAGAGACAGGAUUUGCGAGCGGAAUUUACUCGGAUCAUGAAGGAAAGGUUUAUGGCUGGAGAGGACAGACAUUUUGAUUACAGCUCGGUGGACUACAAUGCUGAUUAUGAUGACCUUGACCUUCUUGAUCGUGAUGAAGAAGAGAAGUACUUUAACACGGAGGAAGAUGACAAUGGAGGGUUGGAAGGACAGAUAGACAGACAAACUGAGGCCAUGUGUUUGGAGGACAGUCCCUGUGACAAUGUACAGGAUGACUCAGAAAUGACCAAUGUGGAAGUGGACAAUUCUACAGCUACAUGAUGCUGAACUGUUAUGAAAAUUUAUUUAAUUCAUUAUUUCAUAAAAUCUGCUUACAGAAUAUUCCUUGUACCGAGUUGACAAGACAUCAGUGAAAGUGUAAUGUGGUAGUUUUGAGAGGUUUGUAUGAUGAUCUACAUGUUUAUUUUAACCUAAAUAAACUAUUAAUGAUAAGAA